AUGCUGAAGCCAUCAGCUAGUGAAGCCUGGGGCCGGGAUGUUGGUCCCCCGCUGGACGGCCACCUCCUGCUUCGAUGCCGCCAGCUACUUACGACGGAGGAGGAAAGAACAGCCUUGCUAGACACCAGCAGUCCCCCGCUGUCAGUGUCUGAUGACUAUGCCCUCCCGCCCCUGGACGAGUCAGAGGCUCUUUCUGUUGCUCCCAGUCAGGGGAAACUUGGUGACCUGGUGGGCAAAGAGUUCAUCGAUACGUCCUUGAGAACGUCCCCCCGGCGCUGA